AUGUGUGGCCACAUCAAAGUUCAAUAUGCGUGUAAACAUAUACGCUAUUGCGUACUAUUCUGGUGUAAGCUAUUAUCAUCUUUAGCCUUGGCAGAUUUUGAAGCGAAACACUUUUCAGGUAUUUUAAACCUGACUUGUGUGUAUAUGUGUAUUGGAUAUGUGUGUGGGUGUGUGUGA